UCGGGUGGACAACCCGGAAGACAAACAAGGAGCUGGGAUUUGAACGCAUCUACGUGUCACUCUCGGAGUUCAAGCCUCUGUGAAUGGCUCCAUAAGUCUACCGUAGAUCCGAAAAUAGAAAACCACAAGGAAGAAGAGAGGAGACUCCUGGGACAGACUGAUUGUUGAUGAGCCCCGGUUGCCACGCGAACGGUCACUGAAGACAUCGGCGAGCAUGAAGGCUUUGAUCCUAGUGGGCGGCUACGGCACCCGCCUGCGACCGCUCACUUUAAGCGUGCCCAAGCCUCUGGUGGAGUUCUGCAACAAGCCCAUCCUUAUGCACCAGGUGGAGGCCUUGGUCAAGGCCGGGGUGACGCAUGUGGUCUUGGCGGUGAGCUACAUGUCUGAGCUGCUGGAGCGAGAAAUGAAGGUCCAGGAGCAGAGACUUGGAAUUCGAAUCUCGCUCUCGCACGAGAAGGAGCCUCUUGGAACGGCUGGUCCUCUGGCACUGGCCCGCAAGCUGCUGGACGUGGACAACGAGCCCUUCUUCGUCCUCAACUCAGACGUCAUCUGUGACUUCCCCUUCCAAGACAUGCUGAAGUUUCACUGCGACCACGGCAAGGAGGGCACCAUUGUGGUGACCCGCGUGGAGGAGCCGUCCAAGUACGGCGUGGUGGUGUUCGAGACGGAAAGCGGCAGGAUCCAUCGCUUUGUGGAGAAACCGCAGGUGUUUGUGUCCAACAAGAUCAACGCCGGCAUGUACAUCUUCAAUUCCAGCAUGCUCGGCAGAAUCCAGUUGAGACCGACAUCCAUCGAGAAGGAGAUUUUCCCCGUCAUGGCCGAAGAGGGACAGCUCUAUGCCAUGGAGCUGCAGGGCUUCUGGAUGGACAUCGGACAGCCCAAAGACUUCCUGACCGGAAUGUGCAUGUACCUGCAGUCGCUACGGCAACACGCCCCUGAGAGACUGCGCAGCGGGCCUGGUUUCCUUGGCAAUGUGCUGGUGGACCCGACGGCUCAGAUCGGCAACAACUGUACAAUUGGGCCCAACGUGACCAUCGGUGCUGGCGUGGUGGUAGAGGAUGGCGUGCGGGUCAAGCGCUGCACUGUGCUAAAAGGGGCCCGAGUCCGCUCGCACUCCUGGCUGGAGAGCUGCAUUGUGGGCUGGAGCUCCUCAGUGGGCCAGUGGGUCCGAAUGGAGAAUGUGACGGUUCUGGGCGAGGACGUGCUUGUCAAUGACGAGCUCUACCUGAAUGGUGCCAACGUGCUGCCACACAAGUCCAUCAGCGAGUCAGUUCCAGAACCGCGUAUCAUCAUGUAG